GCCCUUCAUGAACACCAACAGCCCUCCCCCAGCGACGGGGCGAUGAGGGCAACCGCUAUCAUAUCGACUUCGGCCCAGCCCACCUGCACCCAAGCCCGUGGUCAACAAGGCUUUCCCACUCAUCAACGACGCCGCAUUGCCUUGUGUGACCAUGUGGGUAUCGGUGUCCUCCUGCCCAUGGCUUUGAAGCGCAUGCUGCCCUUGUCGACAUUGUCCAUCUCGUUCUACUGUCCCCAUCUCCGUCUCCGUUGUGUCUCCAUUCCCAUCGUCACCUUUGGUCACCUUUGGCCUCCUUUUCGGUGAUGCCGCGCUGGACGUCGAAUCAGUUACGUAGGUGGAGACGAGGGCGAAGGGGAUGAGGAUGCGGUUGAUGAAGCUGGGGGACAUUGUGUUACGGCGG